AGGUGGGGUUGUAGGGGUGCUUCGGGUGACAACGGUCAAUAAUGAAGGUGGCUGCGGCUCGGCGGCAAGCUCAGCUGCGCCGGGCGUGGGCGGCGCCAAGGCCGCGCCUGUAGGACCUCGGGCCGGCGCGGCGGGAUGGGGGCACAGCGCGGGGAGUGAGGUGGCGGCGGCGGCGACCAGAGGAACUUCAGCCUGAGGGGUUCGCCCGCUCCCCCCUCUGGCUUGUCCGCCUCCAUCUGCAGCCCCUCGGCCCCUGCGCCCCGCGGGGCCGGGACGGCGACGACAAGGGCAUGUGGCGUUGGGUCCGGCAGCAGCUGGGUUUUGACCCACCACAUCAAAGUGAUACAAGAACCAUUUACAUAGCCAACAGGUUUCCUCAGAAUGGCCUUUACACACCUCAGAAAUUUAUAGAUAACCGGAUCAUUUCAUCUAAGUAUACUGUGUGGAAUUUUAUUCCAAAAAAUUUAUUUGAACAAUUCAGAAGAGUGGCAAAUUUUUAUUUUCUUAUUAUAUUUUUGGUUCAGCUUAUGAUUGAUACACCUACCAGUCCAAUUACCAGUGGACUUCCUUUAUUCUUUGUGAUAACAGUAACCGCCAUAAAGCAGGGAUAUGAAGAUUGGUUACGACAUAACUCAGAUAACGAAGUAAAUGGAGCUCCUGUUUAUGUUGUUCGAAGUGGUGGCCUUGUAAAGACUAGAUCAAAAAAUAUUCGGGUGGGUGAUAUUGUUCGGAUAGCCAAAGAUGAAAUUUUUCCUGCAGAUUUGGUGCUUCUAUCCUCAGAUCGACUUGAUGGUUCAUGUCAUGUUACAACUGCUAGUUUGGAUGGAGAAACCAACCUGAAGACACACGUGGCAGUUCCAGAAACAGCAUUAUUACAAACAGUUGCCAAUUUAGACACCCUCAUAGCUGUGAUAGAAUGCCAGCAACCAGAAGCAGACUUGUACAGAUUCAUGGGACGAAUGAUAAUAACUCACCAAAUGGAAGAAAUCGUAAGACCUCUGGGGCCAGAGAGUCUCUUGCUUCGUGGAGCCAGAUUAAAAAACACAAAAGAAAUUUUUGGUGUUGCUGUUUACACUGGAAUGGAAACUAAGAUGGCAUUAAAUUACAAAAGCAAAUCACAGAAACGAUCUGCAGUAGAAAAGUCAAUGAAUACAUUUUUGAUAAUUUAUCUAAUAAUUCUAGUAUCUGAAGCCAUCAUCAGUACUAUCUUGAAAUAUACAUGGCAAGCUGAAGAAAAAUGGGAUGAACCUUGGUAUAACCAAAAAACAGAACAUCAAAGAAAUAGUAGUAAGAUUCUGAGGUUUAUUUCAGACUUCCUUGCUUUUUUAGUACUCUACAAUUUCAUCAUUCCAAUUUCAUUAUACGUGACAGUUGAAAUGCAGAAAUUUCUUGGAUCAUUCUUUAUUGGCUGGGAUCUUGAUUUAUAUCAUGAGGAAUCAGAUCAGAAAGCUCAAGUCAAUACUUCCGAUCUGAAUGAAGAGCUUGGACAGGUGGAAUAUGUGUUUACAGAUAAAACUGGAACACUGACAGAAAAUGAAAUGCAGUUUCGGGAAUGCUCAAUUAAUGGCAUGAAAUACCAAGAAAUCAAUGGUAGACUUGUACCCGAAGGACCAACACCAGACUCUUCAGAAGGAGACUUAACUUAUCUUAGUAGUUUAUCCCAUCUUAACAACUUAUCCCAUCUUACGGGUUCCUCUUUUAGAACUAGCCCUGAAAACGAAACUGAACUAAUUAAAGAACAUGAUCUCUUCUUUAAAGCAGUCAGUCUCUGUCACACUGUACAGAUUAGCAAUGUUCAGAGUGAAUGCAUUGGUGAUGGUCCCUGGCAGUCCAACCUGGCACCCUCCCAGUUGGAAUACUAUGCAUCUUCACCAGAUGAAAAAGCUCUAGUAGAAGCUGCUGCAAGAAUUGGCAUUGUAUUUAUUGGCAAUUCUGAAGAAACUAUGGAAAUUAAAACACUUGGAAAACUGGAACGAUACAAACUACUUCAUAUUCUGGAAUUUGAUUCAGAUCGUAGGAGAAUGAGUGUAAUUGUUCAGGCACCUUCAGGUGAGAAGUUUUUAUUUGCUAAAGGAGCUGAAUCAUCAAUUCUUCCUAAAUGUAUAGGUGGAGAAAUAGAAAAAACCCGAAUUCAUGUAGAUGAAUUUGCUUUGAAAGGGCUAAGAACUCUAUGUAUAGCCUAUAGACAGUUUACAUCUAAAGAGUAUGAGGCAAUAGAUAGACGCCUAUUUGAAGCCAGGACUGCCUUGCAGCAACGGGAAGAAAAAUUGGCAGACACCUUCCAGUUCAUAGAGAAAGACCUGAUAUUACUUGGAGCUACAGCAGUGGAAGACAGACUACAAGAUAAAGUUCGAGAAACUAUUGAAGCUUUGAGAAUGGCUGGUAUCAAAGUAUGGGUACUUACUGGAGAUAAACAUGAAACAGCUGUUAGUGUGAGUUUAUCAUGUGGACACUUUCAUAGAACCAUGAACAUCCUUGAACUUACAAACCAGAAAUCAGACAACGAAUGUGCUGAACAGUUGAGGCAGCUUUCCAGAAGAAUUACAGAGGAUCAUGUGAUUCAGCAUGGGCUGGUAGUGGAUGGGACCAGCCUAUCUCUUGCACUCAGAGAACAUGAAAAACUAUUUAUGGAAGUUUGUAAAAAUUGUUCAGCUGUAUUAUGCUGUCGUAUGGCACCACUGCAGAAAGCAAAAGUAAUAAGACUGAUAAAAAUCUCACCUGAGAAACCCAUAACAUUGGCUGUUGGUGAUGGUGCUAAUGAUGUAAGCAUGAUACAGGAAGCACAUGUUGGUAUAGGAAUCAUGGGUAAAGAAGGAAGACAGGCUGCAAGAAACAGUGACUAUGCAAUAGCUAGAUUUAAAUUCCUCUCCAAAUUGCUUUUUGUUCAUGGUCAUUUUUAUUAUAUUAGAAUAGCUACCCUUGUACAGUAUUUUUUUUACAAGAAUGUGUGCUUUAUAACACCUCAAUUUUUAUAUCAGUUCUACUGUUUAUUUUCUCAACAAACAUUGUAUGACAGCGUGUACCUGACUUUGUACAAUAUUUGUUUUACUUCCCUACCUGUUCUGAUAUAUAGUCUUUUGGAACAACAUAUAGACCCUCAUGUAUUACAGAACAAGCCCACCCUCUAUCGAGACAUUAGUAAAAACCGUCUCUUAAGCAUUAAUAAAUUUCUUUAUUGGACCAUCCUGGGUUUCAGUCAUGCCUUUAUUUUCUUUUUUGGAUCGUAUUUUCUGAUAGGGGAAGAUGUAUCUCUGCUUGGAAAUGGCCAGAUGUUUGGAAACUGGACAUUUGGCACUUUGGUCUUCACAGUUAUGGUUAUCACAGUCACAGCAAAGAUGGCUUUGGAAACUCGUUUUUGGACUUGGAUCAACCAUCUUGUUACCUGGGGAUCUAUUAUAUUUUAUUUUGUAUUUUCUUUGUUUUAUGGAGGGAUUCUCUGGCCAUUUUUGAGCUCCCAGAAUAUGUAUUUUGUAUUUAUUCAGCUUCUAUCAAGUGGUUCUGCUUGGUUUGCCAUAAUCCUCAUGGUUGUUACAUGUCUGUUUCUUGAUAUCAUAAAGAAGGUAUUUGACCGACACCUCUAUCCUACAAGUACUCAAAAGGCACAGAUGUACUCCAACACAGUUGCUUUAAGUGACGAGUUCAUCGCACUGCAGCCAUUGUCGAGGGCAAGGAAUCAGCUGAGCAAACUUAGCUUACUGAAACAAAUGCAGGUAUCAAGUGCUUGGACUCCAUGUGCUGUUUCCCAGGAGAAACAGCGUGCACAUCUGUUAGAAGAAUGCUGGAACGAGUUAUAGGAAGAUGUAGUCCGACCCACAUCAGCAGAUCAUGGAGUGCAUCGGAUCCUUUCUAUACCAACGACAGGAGCAUCUUGACCCUCUCCACAAUGGACUCAUCUACUUGUUAAAGGGGCAGUAGUACUUUGUGGGAGCCAUUCCACUUCCUUUCCUAAAAUUCAGUGUGAUCAUCCUGUUAAUGGCCACACUAGCUCUGAAAUUACUUCCUGAAAUCUUUGGAGUAGUUCAUACACACUCAGAGUUAGAUGGCAAACAAGCAGAAAGCAUUAACAGGAGCCCCUUAAUUUGAAUCUGAACAUGUUAAAAUUUGUGAAUCAAGAGACAUUUUUCAUCUCUUUGUCUGGUUUGUCCCUUGUGUUUAUGGGCCUCCUAAUGGCAUUUCAGCCUGUUGCUGAGGCCACUAUAUUUUAAUGUCAAGGUAAAAAAGAGAUAAAUCCUAGUUAUGUGUAUUUUUUAGUAUUAGCUCUUCUAUUUAAAUCUGCUUCUGUAAAUUAUGCUGAAAGUCUGCCUUGAGAAUUCUAUUUUUUUAUUAGAGUUAUAUUUGAAGCUUUUCAUGGGAAAAGUUAAUGUGAAUAAUAAGGAAUUUUGGUCCCUCAGUGACCUGUAUUGUUAAUUCGUUAAUGUUUUCUAAGUUCACAGAGCGAAUUAGGUGAAUAAUUUCCAACCAUUAUUUACUGCAGUAUGGGUAGUAAACUUAUACCAAUACCAAAUUUCUCUAACUGUACUGUAAUGCAACCUGUAAAGCUAGCCAUAUAAAUACAAAGGGUAUAUCAUAUCUUAUCUAUAAAUCAGGAAUUAGGUCCAUUCACCAAAUUUCAAAUUGAUCUGUACUGAUAUUUUUGUGACACAAUAUGAAGAAUCUAUUGUGGGUAAAUUAGAUACCUUAGCAUAUUAUUAAUGUCUUUAUCAUUGGAUCUUUUGCAUGCUUUAAUCCAGUUAAUAUAUUUAAAUUUGCUUCUUUUCUCUUUAUCUGAAGGCUCUGUUUAUAGUAUUUUAUGACAAUGUUGUGAAGUUCAACUAUAUCAAUAAAAAACAAGUUUGGACAGUA